AACGCCGGAAGGAUUAAAAUACUGCACCGGGUUACUGUGUAAAAUUGAAAAAAAUCAAAGGGAGAUGCUACUGUUACAUGUUGUCAGGACAGUGUGUUCUGAUGCAAGGAAUUGGCGGAAAUGGGCAUCAAUUACGAGUAUAAAUAAAUUCAGAUCCCGGGACUGCUUGCAACAAGCUGAAAACUAUCCGUAUGCACAUCUCAGAAAUCUGCGCCUCUGUUUUUCCAGCACAACAAGCUCUGUAAAAAACAUGGAGGCAGUAUUAACGAGGACUGUGGAUUCUUUACCCACGUAUGAAACGAGAGAGAAAUCGCCACCACCCCCCGAGUCCAGUAGUUUGGAGUUUAUACAAUUUUACAGAAGUCUGGACAAAGCUCAGAGGCCUACAUUUCUGGGCAAACUUUCUUCGGAUUUUGGGGUUGACCAUAAGUGCGUGGCAGAAUUAGCUGCGAAUGUAAUGGACUCUCAGAAGAGGGAUAUGUCGAUUGUAUUGCAAGCGGAGGACAGGUUACGGUACAGCUUGACUCCAAGAUAUAAAGUGCUGCUCAAUCACAUCAGCAGGGUGGAAGGCGGGGUGAAAUUUCUCGUGGACCUGAAAGCAGAUGUUAAUGAAUUCCUUGCCUCGAAAACCAGUGACAGCCCGCACAUUAGGGAUCUGAAUGGCACCUUGAAGAGCAUGCUGUCAGAGUGGUUUUCCGUGGGGCUAUUGAGCCUAGAGCGGGUCACUUGGAAAUCACCUUGUGAGCUCCUUCAGAAAAUUAGCCAGUAUGAAGCUGUUCACCCGGUUAGAAACUGGACAGAUAUUAAGCGCAGAGUGGGCCCUUACAGGCGCUGCUAUGUGUUCACUCAUGGGGCAAUGCCAGGGGAGCCCUUGGUGGUUCUACAUGUUGCCCUGAAAGAAGAGAUCUCCGAUAACAUUCAGACUAUUGUUCGAGAAUUCUCUUCUCUGGAUUCUGUGGAAGACAUCAACAAGGUCAAUGCUGCAGUCUUCUACUCCAUCUCUUCAACCCAGCCAGGACUGCAAGGGGUGGAGCUGGGGAAUUACCUCAUCAAGCGGGUCGUGCGGGAACUCCAGGGGGAAUUUCCUCACAUGAACCAGUUCUCCAGCCUGUCUCCCAUCCCUGGCUUCACAAACUGGCUUCUCGGCCUCCUGAAUGAGCAGAGAAAGGAAGGCCCCAGCAAUUGGAUCCUGUCAGACAUGGAGUUCAGGGACAUCGAGGAGAUCACUGGGGGGCGAGCGUACGAGACCAUGCGGAAGCUCCUGAGCACCAACAAGUGGGUGAGUUCGGAGCGUCUUGUAAAGGCCUUGGAGCCGGUACUCAUGCGGCUGUGCGCCUGGUAUCUGUAUGGGGAGAAGCGCCGCGGAUACGCUCUCAACCCUGUGGCCAACUUCCACCUGCAGAAUGGAGCCACCAUGUGGAGGCUGAACUGGCUGGCCGACACCAGCCCCCGGGGCCUCUCAGCCUCCUGCGGGAUGAUGGUAAACUACAGAUACUUCCUGCAGGACACAAGCGCCAACAGCAACAGGUACCUGAGGACAAAGGAAAUCGAAGCUUCAGAUCAGAUUCGGAAUUUGGUUUUGCAGUUUCAAAAAGCCAGCAAACUUUAAAUAACUUGGGUUAAUGGUACACUCCUUUGGGUCUUUCAGUCCAUUCCAAUUUAAGACUUCCAGUAACUUCAAAUGGCAUUUUUUUUAUAUCUUGAGAAUCCUAACUGCCUUGGAUUGAUCAGACUUUUCCAGUCAAUUAAAAUCACGUGACAAUGUAGAUGGGACCAGCCAAGCUGACAUUUUGUCACAUGAUUUGAAUAGAAUUGGGAAGCCAAUCAACAGAACCCAGAACCAAAACAAUUUGAAACAGUUGAAAUAAAUAAAAAGUAAGCUACUUAAACGUAGUUAAACAAUUAAAGGCCUGUGUGAACAAGCUGGUGGUGAUGUCAGACCCAGAAGUGCAGAGACACAAUACUUUGAGUAAGAUUUAUUAAAUAUAACGUUUAAACACAAAACAAAACACUCAAAACAAAAGGCAUGAUGGCCAAAAUAGACAGACAAACAAAAUACAGCGAACACUAAACAUCAUACUGAGAUAUUUCAGCACGAGUAGCAAUCGUUAUCUUUUGUGUGGUUUUCUCUCCUCUUUGUCCCAUACCUCCUCGCUGUACACCCAACCCCAUGUGUGUGAAGUCACUCUUUUAUGCAGUUGUGCCUAGACUCGAUUGCUAAUUAGUCAUUCACUUGAAUCUUGGCACAGUCUGCAAGUGGACUAAUUGUGCAAUCCCUGUGCCUAACUACACAUAUACAUUUUACAUCACCUAUGCUACAUAACCCACACUCCAUGCACCA